AUGGUCGUAAUGUACGGGUCAACGAGGAAUGUGGCGAUGUUGGGCGUCGCGAUGUUCUUCACAGGUGUCGCUUACAACACUGCAGGUUUUUGGACUUUUGUUUGAGGAUAGCUCAGUCUUUAGAUGGAGUUCCAGAAGGUCCUGGGUCGCAUCCUGUCGACACAAUAGUUUUCAAAUUUUGAUUUUGACAUUUUUUCAAGGUUUCGUUGUUGAACCGGUUGUCGAAGCGGCUUCGCAUCGUUUGAAUAUUCAUCCGCACGCUGGAUACUAUAGGUAUUCCUAGAUCAUAAGUUGAAAAAAUAGUUAAAGUUUUUAAUAUUUAGUUUAUCUGUUGUCUACGCAGUUUUUACUCUCGGAAACUUCAUAGCAACACCUUUAGUGGACAUUUUGACACCGAAAUGGGCCAUGUGUCUCGCGACUUCUGGAUACAUUGCUUAUUGCGUAAGUUUCAGAUUUUUUCUUUUCGAAAUACGAAAAAUAGCUUUUCAGUUGUCCUUCCUAUGGUUGAACACGUAUCUUUUAUAUGCAACGAGCGUUUUUGUUGGAAUUUGUGCUUCCCGUGAGUUUUUGAUUCAAUCAAAGAUGCCAAUACAUAAUAGGGAAGGAAUGGACUUAUAGUAUCGAACUUCGAAGUUCGAAGGAUCCGUUUCUGUCGGUUUGGCUGCACCUUCAAAAAACCUACAAAUUUUUAAGAUAAAAAAUUUAGAUUGCACACGACCGUAUUCUGAGGCACUUUUUAAUUUGAGAAAAAAAAUUCCGUCAGACUGAAUAUUUUAAAACCCGUCGCGAAAAAAAAAAUAAUUGUUUUUCAGUUCUCUGGAUCGGCCAGGGAAGCUAUAUUGCUCAGAAUAGCACCGAGAAAAAUUUGGAUAGGAAUAGUGCGAUUGUUUUGGUGUUGACCCAGCUUGCGUGAGUUUUCUUAAUUUAUUGAAAAAAAAAAUUCGAGAAAAAGUUUUUUACUGUUUGAGAAUCAGCUAUUAUCGAACGAACUUCUGGAAGAAUCGAUUGUUUAAAAAGCGCCUGACAAUAAAAGAGUAUUGACAGCGUAUCAGAGAGUUUCUUGAAGCGGAAAGUGAACCUUGACUUUUUUUUGUGCCUUUUACCGUGAUUAAGCCGGUUUCAUGGUUUCAGUGAAUUUAACGCUGCUUCAGUCUUUUCAAAAAACCGCCUUUUUUUUAAUAAGUCCUGACACGACCCGGAUCAUCAACUUAUUAUAAUUUCAACCCUAUUCCAGAUUGAUAGCCGGAGGAACUUUUCUCUUCUCUAUCUUCGAAUUUUCCGUCGACACGAAUAAAUAUUCGGGGUCAAUGGUCCAAAUUAUAUUCCUUUCUUUUGCCGCAUGUUGCAUCGUGUCUACCGUUAUCACGGCCGUUCUGCCAAAUGUCAACGUUACAGUUUCUGAUAAAUCCUACUUCAAACUCCUCGGUAAGCCCCUUUUCGAAACUAGAUCAUAAUAGAAUCCAAAACAGGUGAAACAACUCGGUUAAUGUUCACAGCGGAUAUGAUGUUACUGUCGGUCGUUUUUGCCUUUUCUGGCUUCGAGAUGGCAAUUUGGGCAGGUUCUCAAACUUUUUUUUUGGCCGCACUGCGAAUGGCUCAUAGUAUCGCGGUCGCGUUGCGUUUAGAAGGAACAACCGACUUGACAAUUUUUACCUUGCUCAAUAUUUGGGAAGAUUGAUUUUGCGAGCCGCCAGCUCUUCUUUCGAAGUUCUUUUGGAAUAAAGUUCAAUAAUGUUCAUUUUAAAAAAAGUGAAACCUCAGCUGUAACUCGAUUUUUAGAAUUGCAUAUUUAAUUAUUUUCUUAGAAAUUUUGCUUGGCAUCACUGUCUUCUUCUGCGCGUAAACUUAUUUUACCGUUUUUUGAUGCCCAGGCUCAUAAACCGUUUUGAGUCGGUCGCGCCUGAAAAUAGCCUUGUCGAGCCAUUCCGUGUGCGUCCUUGAGCUGCUGAAUGAUUAUUAAAAGUCUGGAAACUCUGGGAAAUGUUUUCAGUUGUGUUUCCCACAUCCGUAGCCUUCACCAAAAGCCUUUUGGUUCAAUCAAAAUCUAUUUUGGCUCUCGUUUCAAUCGCAACUGGCGUUGGACAGGUUGGAGGUGAAGAAAACAUUUAAUAUGAAAUAAUUCUCAUAUUUUCAGCAGCCCUAUCUUUCUACUUUGUCGGUAAAAAAGCUCAAUCCAUCGGACGAAAAAUGAUUGUUUUCUUUGGCGCCUUUGUUAACUCAAUAGCUUUCAUUCUUAUCUGGGCCAGCUUGCCCUCGGAAGCUUCCCUGAGGACAACUGAAGCUUCUGGUCCUUUGAUCGAACCGAGGUUGAGAAUUUGUUUUCGUAUGCAAUGAUGAAAUUGAAAAUUUGAAGGAUCUGGAUAAGCUUGAUUGUCGGACUCAUGUUGGGAGUCGCGGACACGGUUUGGUGUCAGCAAAUCGUCACGAUAAUUUGCGAGAAGUUCCCAUUACAAGCGACUUCCGCGUUCGCCAUUUUCCGAUUCGUUCAGGUUUUUUUAAUGCUUCUGCUUUUUUAUUCGAGACCACAUUCAUUGGUUCGAAGUUCCCAGCUUUAUUGUUCUGUUUUAGUAAAUAUAGUUUUUUUUUUUUUGUUCGAGCUUGUUUUGGUCUCCCUUUAACUGUUUAUGAUCAAAGCUCUGAUUUUUACAGGAAAAAAAUCAUAGAAAGUUUUCUGAAACUCCCUACUGAGUUUCAAAAGCUCAGCCGAACUUGAAAACUUCUUUUUACCAACCAGUUUUGUAUUUUCCAGACAGCCCUGACGAGCUGCGUGAUGUACGGAUCUACAGUCGUUUCACUAUCGUAUCAAAUGGCCGUUGGGAUCGUCGGAUGCGUCGCGGCUUGCGUCGCGUUUUCCAUCGUCGAGCGUCGAACCCCCGAAUCUUCAUGA